AUGGGUUGUGGAAACAUGUUCUUCACAAUCCUCAUAACAUUUUCAGUAACACUCAUAACAUACAACAUAAUCAUUUCAGGAAACGCUCCUUUGAAACAAGAUUUUCCUGGUGGUCCUUCACGUCGUCCUUCAAUUACCAUUGACCCAAUUAUCAAGAUGCCAUUGGAGAAGCAAAAAUCUUCUAGGAGAUUGUUUCAUACUGCUGUAACAGCUUCAGAUAGUGUUUACAAUACUUGGCAGUGUAGGGUUAUGUAUUAUUGGUUCAAGAAGUUUAAGGAAGAUUCAGAUUCUGAUAUGGGUGGAUUUACAAGGAUUUUGCAUUCUGGGAAAGCUGAUCAGCUUAUGGAUGAGAUCCCUACUUUUGUUGCUCAGCCUUUGCCUUCUGGAAUGGAUCAGGGUUACAUAGUGCUUAAUAGACCAUGGGCAUUUGUACAAUGGCUUCAACAAGCAGAUAUCAAAGAAGAUUACAUUUUGAUGUCGGAGCCGGAUCAUAUAAUUGUGAAACCUAUACCGAAUUUAGCAAGAAAUGGAAUGGGAGCAGCGUUCCCUUUCUUUUAUAUUGAGCCGAAGAAAUAUGAGAAUGUGUUAAGGAAGUACUACUCCGAGGAAAAUGGACCUGUGACGAAUAUAGAUCCAAUUGGGAAUUCGCCAGUGAUUGUUGGGAAGGAAUCGCUUAAGAAGAUUGCUCCUACUUGGAUGAACGUUUCGUUGGCGAUGAAAAAAGAUCCUGAAACUGAUAAAGCUUUUGGAUGGGUGCUUGAAAUGUAUGCUUAUGCCGUUGCGUCUGCUCUUCAUGGUGUUCAUAACAUAUUAUACAAAGACUUUAUGAUUCAGCCUCCAUGGGACAAAGAACUUGGUGAGAAGUACAUAAUUCACUACACUUAUGGUUGUGACUAUAAUAUGAAGGGCGAACUGACCUAUGGGAAGAUUGGAGAAUGGAGGUUUGAUAAAAGAUCUUAUGAUAGUGUUGCUCCUCCAAAAAAUCUGACAUUGCCACCACCCGGUGUACCAGAAAGUGUGGUGACCCUUGUAAAAAUGGUUAAUGAAGCUACAGCGAAUAUUCCGAACUGGCCAUCAUAG